AUGUUUAGCAACAGGUCGUCAAGGUGCUACUACUGCUUGGAAAAGCUAACUGGCUUUUAUAUUUUGUGUGCUGAAUGCUCUGUGAUAAAAAUAUGUGUAAAGUGCUUCUCUUGUGGUGUUGAGGGCGGAAAACAUAAGAAAAUUCACAAGUAUAUCAUUAAGGGUUUUGAAGACGGUUGUCAUAUAAUUACCACCGAAAAUACAUGGUUACCUGAAGAGGAAUUAAAAUUACUAGAAGCCUUGGAGACCUAUGGUUACGGCAACUGGGAUGAAAUAUCUGCACAGCUUCAACCGCACAGUUCUGUUGACUGUCGGGAUCACUAUGGGAAUUUUUACAUGUCAGGCGCGAUGAAAGAGUUAAUAAACUCACUUGUUUGCUCGAUUCCUUGUAUCACAGAACAUAUUUAUCCCUGCAGGCAGUCUGAUUAUGUAGAUGAAGUCCAUUCUGUUUGUGAUUUAAGACCAGACUAUCAGAGGUCGCUUGGAUAUUUGCCAUGCAGGGACGAGUUUGAAUUUGAAUAUAUGAACUCUGCAGAAGAAGUUGUAAGUUCGAUUUCUUUUUUACCAAAUCGGGAUGAACUUGACGAGGCUAUGCAGUUAGCAUUAAUGGGUAUUUAUAAUCGGUACAUAGAGGAACGUUACUUUCGUCAUCGUGUUGCACGUUCGCAUAACUUAAUAACUCGCGUUAUGCAUGACUUGAUGUAUAAUCAGUCAAAGCAGAAGUCGCGUAACUUUAUUUUCAAAAAUGGAUCAGUCAGCAGAGGUAGUUAUCGCAAUCAUCGGAGCCGUGGUGUUUCUCGAAUUAAAAGGUGUAACCGGAAAUUUUGUUUUAAAACCAGAUUCAGUAGAUCAGAGACUGAAUAUUCUUACAAAUUAGAAACUGGCGUUGACCAUAUCAAUAAUACUAACGUUGACCACAAACCUGUAAUAACUGAACAACUGGACAAUAAAGUUUUUGUUCAGUCUCCAGUUUUAACACCAAAACACCUGAAUUAUUCAUGGGAGUCAUUACAAGCACCUCAUCUGAAAAACUCCCACAUAUCCCAUUCAAAUUUACAAGAGGAUAAAAAAGAGAUCUUCACAGCUGAUUCGGAUAUUUCUGGAAUGAACAAAACUCUUGAUUCGGCAUGUGUUCUUAAAACAUCAUUUAUUCACAAUGGCUCGUGGCUAAUGGGUUCUUCCACUACAUCUGAAAUCGUCGAUUCAGGCAUCAGUUCUGCAGAAUCGUCUGCUAAUUCUACAACCUCAUGUGGGAGUUUAAGUGAUCGAUUUAUCAUGGACGUUAAUAAAGCAACGUUUGACUCGACGAUAACCGUUCACAAGGUCACUACGCGUCCCCGUUCUCACUCCGAUUCUGUUUGGGAUUCUAGCACAUCGAGAUUAAAAAUUAACUAUCCCGUUUGGGACGAGCAAACUCUCUUAUCAAAUAGACUGACUAAUCCAGAAAUCCAAGAAGCUGGUCAUAUUUCUAAUACAGUUAAAGGCUUUACUCAACCUGCUUGUGAAGUUGAGGCUCCUUCACACGUGCCUGCGAAACGCCGUCGUGGACGUCCACCUAAAAAUUCUCACCCAACAUCUUACAAUCAGAGGAUUGAACGACCAAACCACCAGAUAGUCCUUGACAUACCAAAAUCAGAAGAUCAUAAUGUCGACUGUUGUAACCAAACACUAUCCAAUAUAUCUCCUGAGAAGAGGAUAUCACAAAGUGAUAUUUUAUCCAAUCCUGAGAUAAAUAAUUCUCUUAAAAGCCUUACAUGGCUAACUGAAGCUGUAGAAACUCCAUCGUCAAUACCUGUACAUCGUCGUCGUGGACGUCCGCCUCUUAAUCGUCGACUAAAAUCAUCUGCAGCAUACACUCGUCAUAGUACUAAGACAUAUGGAAAAACCUUCUUAACGCAUCCUCAAUGGUUAAAACCAUUCUUCCGAUACCUUUCUACAUCAGAAGCGGAAGUUUUCCUCAGAAAUUUAGAACGCGAACGUAUUCUACGGAUUGAACUUAGUGAGCUGAUAGAAAAAUCUCAGGAAUACCAUAAAUUUUCCACAAUGCAAACAGAGGUUAGUAUCACACCUAAACCUGAAGAUUCAUCUGAACAAUUGAAUCAGUCAAAUAAUUCUUCUUCAUCGUCUCCUUCUACUUCACCUUCAACAACAUUCAAUGAAUUACAAACUUUUGGCUAUCUAUCAUCAACCAUUACAAUUCCUUAA